GCGGAGCCUGCGGUCCAGGAUAUGCCACUCCUCUGGAUGCCAUGAAAGGUCCCCGGGAGGAGAUUGUGUAUGUGCCUUGUAUCUACAGGAACACUGGGAUAGAGAAGCCUGACUACCUGGCCACUGUGGAUGUCGACCCCAAAUCUCCGCACUAUUGUCAGGUGAUCCAUCGCCUGCCCAUGCCGAAUCUGAAGGACGAGCUCCAUCAUUCAGGGUGGAAUGCCUGUAGCAGCUGCUUUGGGGAUGCCACAAAGAGAAGAAAUCGGCUGAUUCUACCAAGUCUGAUCUCUUCUCGAAUUUAUGUGGUGGAUGUAGGAACAGACUUGCGAGCGCCUAGAAUCCAUAAGACUGUCGAGCCGGUGGAGUUAUUCUGGAAGGGUAACGUGGCUAAUCCUCACACCUCUCACUGUCUGGGCAGUGGUGACAUCUUGAUCAGCUGUUUGGGAGACCCUUCUGGCAAUGGAAAAGGUAGCUUUGUUUUGCUGGAUGGAGAGACCUUUGAAGUGAAAGGAAACUGGGAGAAGGAAAAGGUACCCCCCCUGUCCUAUGACUUCUGGUAUCAGCCACGGCACAAUGUCCUGAUGAGCACUGAAUGGGGAACCCCGAAAGUCUUGGCAGAUGGGUUUAACCCAGCUGAUGUGGAGAGAGGGCAUUAUGGCAGCCGCAUCAACGUGUGGGACUGGAGCACUCACACCUACGUUCAGGCCAUUGACUUGGGGAAGGGCUCCAUUCCUCUGGAAAUCCGGUUUCUCCACAAUCCGGACGCUGCGGAAGGGUUUGUUGGGUGUGCUCUGAGCGGGGCAGUGCAUCGGUUCUACAAGACGGAGAAAGGAGACUGGGCAGCGGAGAAGGUGAUUGAAGUGCCCAGCAAGAAGGUGCAAGGAUGGCUUCUCCCCGACAUGCCUGGUCUUAUCACCGACAUCCUCAUCUCACUGGACGACAGGUUCCUGUACUUCAGCAACUGGCUGCACGGAGACAUCCGCCAAUACGACAUCUCCGACACCCGCAAGCCCAAGCUGGUGGGGCAGGUGUUUCUGGGAGGCAGCAUCACCAAGGGAGGGCCUGUAACCGUAGUGGCAGACCAGGAGUUGCAGUGUCAGCCCGAGCCAUUUGUGAUCAAGGGGAGGAAGGUGCCAGGAGGACCUCAGAUGAUUCAGCUUAGCUUGGAUGGGAAGAGAUUGUAUGUCACCAGCUCUCUCUACAGUGGAUGGGACAAGCAGUUCUACCCAGACCUUCUCAAGCAAGGCUCUGUUAUGCUGCAGAUUGAUGUGGAUACUGAAAGAGGUGGAUUGAAAGUGAAUAAAAACUUCCUAGUGGAUUUUGGGAAGGAACCUGAUGGGCCUGUCCUAGCUCAUGAGAUUCGUUACCCUGGUGGAGACUGUACCUCUGAUAUCUGGAUGUAAUGGUUGCAUGGAGCUGUUUCCUGGGGUUUUCGUUCUGUCUUUUUUUCUCUUUCUCCCUCUCUCUCCUCUCUGCCCUCUGCUUCCCUCUUGCAUAGGUGAACUGGGUCAGCUGGAACUUUGACCGCUACCUAAAUUUAGGCUUCCCUUCGGGUAAGCCACAGAAGCUCC